AUGGAAUACCAAGAUGACUACUUAACACCCACAGAUCCAAAUGUGUUGGCUUCAGGAUAUGGAGGUAACGAUGGAACAACUGUUUCAGAUAGUACCAACGGCGAUGUUCAUUCAUCGAUGGACUUAACUCCAUCAACUUCUUCUGUAAUUAGCAGGAAUGAUAAUCUUGUUAAACAAAGUAGUCCGAAUACUGUAAAUGAAGUACCUAUUAAGAAGAACAAGAAAGCCUGCGACCGAUGUCGAGAUAAAAAAACAAAAUGUGAGAUGAUAGGAAAAAGUUGUACCAAAUGUAAGGAUCAGCAAUGCCUCUUUACAACAGAACACAGACAGCCGGGCAAUAGGAAAAGAAAUAGAGAAAUUCUUAACGAUUCAAAAUUUAAACCAUCCUUAGAAAUUCUCAAAACUCAUAUUGAAUUAAUUAAGAAAUCAACUAUAAGAACUUUGGUUCAACCGUUAACUGUUAAAUCUAUACUACCUAUUGAAAAUAGUAUUUCUUUUACUGAUAAAAUAUUUGAAAAUUUAGCAAAUGAUAUGGAAAGAAAACUAGAAGAUGUAAUCAAAAAGCAUGAAGUAGAUAUAUUAAUUUUAUCUAGGGUAUUAGUCAUUAUUUCACUUAAUUUACUUGUUACUGUUAAUCUAAUUAAAUUACAAAAGGUAAAGUUACCAGCCGAUAUUAAUUUAGAAAAAAGUAGUGGCGAACUUGAAGACUUUAAUUUUUGGUGUCUUGAUGGGUGUACUACAAUAUUGCUGAAAUAUGGAAUGGUUCAAUCCAAAACCGUAAGUGAGAUUCAAUCCAAUGAUGACCAUCCAGUUUUAAGCAACGUUGAUUACAAUUUCGCAUUAGGCGCUUUGCAUCUUUGCAUGUAUUUUCAUAGUUUCGAUCCAAACAAUAAAAUCGAACGAAAUGGAAAUGUAUUACGAUUUGGCCAUCGAGAAAAUAAUAAACUAAUUCGGACGUACUUGGAUAUGAGUAUCUCCAAUUUCAGUCAAUUAACAGACAAAAAUAAGUAUUUUUCAGAAUUAUUUGAAAGAAUAUUUACUAUUGAAAGAUGCAUAUUAAUAAUUUCACCAUUUAAUUAUAAGAAGAACGAUUGUUGUGUCACAUUCAAACUUCAAUCUAAAGAAGUUCCUAAUAAUAACGUAGAUGAUCAUUCUAAAAUGUUAUUCAGAUUAUUCUGUAUAUUGGAUGAAAUUGAUCGAGAAAUGAGUGGUGUGAAUCAAAAUACUUUUUUGAAUACCCUUUGCCACGAAACUAGUUUCACAAAAUAUAUUUUGCUUUUUGAAGAUAAUCAAAUCUAUAACGAAAUAAUUGGGAAAAUAAAUGAUAAAUUGAACAAUGAAGCUGAAACAGGGCCAAAUCCAUUUGAAAUUAUUCGCCACGUCUUGUAUAUUAAAUUGCUCUUAUUAUAUCCUAUGACAUUCAAAAAUCUGGUGGAAGAAUUAUUAUCAAGAUUAACUACUUUGAUUGAUCAUUUAAAUCAUUUUGAAAGUAAUAGCCUUAAAAUAUCACUUUCAAAUUAUCGAUUAAUUCCUAAUUUGGUACAUAUAAUGAAGAUUGCCUUAUAUUUGAAAGAGUUGAUGUCUACAUUAAAUAAAGAAUUCCAUUCUAACGAGUUGGUACUUCAACCAAACAUAGAUUUUAAUUUAGAGACAUGGAUGUUGAAAUUGAAUGAUGGGUUAAAUUCAAAUGAACGCAUACUUACACAAAGUUUUUCAUUAAAUUUAAAUCAGUUGAUAUCUGCACUAAAUAUUACAUUUCACUCACAAGAACUGGAACUCUCACGAGAUAUUGAAUUACAUGUAAAUAUGUUGAUAUCAACUUUAAAUCAAAGAUUACGUUCAAAUGAAUCAGAAAGUACACAAAAUAUUGAAUCGCAUUUAAAUAAUUUGAGAAAUACAUUAACGCGUGUAUUACCUUCAAAUGAAUCAACAAAUUCACAAAAUAUUGAAUCACAUUUAAAUAAUUUGAGAAAUGGAUUCUUAAACAAAGAGACAUUUAUAUUAGUUAUCAAACCACUUUUAAAUGAUUUGGUAUCUACGUUAAAUGGUUUGGAACUUGAACCAAAUAUUGAAUUACACUUAAACCAAUUAAUAUCUACGAUUAAUAUCUCAUUACAUUCGGAAAGUUUCCAACUUAUAAGUAAUGUUUUAUUAAAUCUAGAUCAGUUGAAAUCUACUUUACAUAUUGCAUUAGAUUCAAAUAAUUUGAUAUCUACAUCUAAAGCUUUAGAAUUGUUGAUCAAUACUUUGAGCAAGUCCCUAGCAAAUCAUUUUGACUUAUGUAAUUAUAUUGAAAGAUUAUAUUCGACUGAUGAGUUACUUAAAGCAAGAUAUCUGAAUAAUGCACGAAAACAAAGAUCUUCACGCAACCAAGAACAACAAGGAUAA